AUGUAUAGAUUACUACCAGAAGCAUUGGAAUAUUUUGAAUCGAGUCCAGAAUUAAAGGGUAAUUACCAGUUGGCAAAUAUUGUACUAAUCAGCUCAUAUAUACUUGGCAUACUCAUCUGUGCAGGUUUCAACGCUGUUAUUCAUGCUCUAACUUCGCAAAGUGUUGUGCAUUGUGUCCACGAAGGUGAAGAAGGUGAUAAUCACGGUGAUCACGAUCAUGAUCAUGAUGUUGAAGAACCAGCUAGGCUCUAUGAUGAGGAAUACCGAAUAUCCUCGGCUAAUAAACACAGUCACAAUAUUCGCCAUCAUCACCAUCGUGAUGAUGAUGAAAGAGCUCACCAUAACCAGCAUUCUCUGGCACAUUCGCACUCAAACUUGCAUUCACAUUCUCAUGCUGACUUAGAUCGUUCUAAAUCUGCAGACUUCGCUUUGAAGUCAGCCUCCCAGCUCCACCCUGCUGAUGGCCAUUCUCAGGAGUUAGCUCAAGAGUUAGCUUGUAGUUCAAGCUCAUCUGCUAGUUUUGAUGAACAGGAUGAGACCUCACCACUUCUAGAAAAUAUGGUUCCUAUUGCAACGAUUGAGAAUGGCGAUGGCGAAGCGCCAGAGAUAACUAACGUCACUACUACUCGGCCCCGAUUGCCCACCCGUAAAAUCAGUUUGCUUGAUAUCACCCACAGUACUUUGCGUGGCCAAAAAUCUAUGGGACUUUGUAUGGGAUAUGCCUCCAUUGAGCAGUGCCUUUAUUCUAAGUGUUGCGACAUUAACGAAGGAGAUGACAAUUCGCGUUUGCAAACUAUUGUAUUGCCUCCAAUAGACGAAGCACAUCACGACAUGUACAGGCAAAAUCUAAGCGGACAGCUUCAUAGGAGUGCUUCUCGGCAGUCUGUGCACUCUAAUCAUUCCGAACAUCCCCAAUAUCAUCAUCAUCAUGUUAUCUCGGAGUAUUCGCAACUUUUUUCCAUAGGUAUUCAAACAGCGUUAGCAAUUACCUUACACAAAAUACCAGAGGGUAUUUUAACAUUUGCAACAUACCAUGCGGACAAGUCGUUAGGGUUCAGUGUGUUUCUUGCCUUAGCCAUUCACAAUUUUUCUGAGGGUUUUACCAUUGUCUUCCCAUUGUACUUAGCGACUCGCAAUAGACUGGUUGCCUUUUCCAUAGCUGCACUACUUGGUGGUAUCAGUCAGCCACUUGGUGCUGUUAUAGCCUGGUUUUUUUUCAGGAACAAAUUCACAAACGAGUCAACGAGUCUGACGUUUGGUUUGAUUGUUAGUUUAACGGCAGGCUUUAUGAGUAUAAUCGGCCUUCAAAUGUACGGUACGAGUAUUACAUUUGGCGGCCAACAACAGGUCACCUUGGCAUGGGCUUUUGCAGGGGUGACUCUAGUUGGUGUUUCAGCUUGUUUAAUUUAA